AUGGCAGUCCAACUGAAGGCGCCGUCGGUGGCUCGGCUGGUGGAAGAUGACGGGCUCGUGUGCCUCGAGCUGGAGGACGGCUCAACCUACCAGGGUUACAGCUUUGGUGCCGACAAGAGCAUCGCAGGCGAGCUCGUUUUCCAGACAGGCAUGGUGGGUUACCCCGAGUCCGUCACCGAUCCCUCCUACCGAGGCCAGAUCCUCGUCAUCACCUUCCCCCUCGUCGGAAACUAUGGUGUCCCCUCGCGAGAGACCAUGGACGAACUGCUGGGCGACCUCCCCGCCCACUUCGAGUCCUCCCAGAUCCACAUUGCCGGCCUCGUCACCGCUUCGUACUGCGGAGAGGACUACUCCCACUUCCUGGCCGAGUCGUCUCUUGGCCAGUGGCUCAAGGAGCAGGGUGUCCCCGCCAUGUACGGCGUCGACACCAGGGCUCUCACCAAGAAGCUCCGUCAGAGCGGCAGCAUGCUCGGCCGCAUGAGGCGCGAGGACCGCACCCGCCUCAACGGCUCGGCUACCGGACGGGCCUUGUCCGGACAUCCUUCCCUCGACUACUUUGAGGAGAUUGAGUGGUCUAACCCCAACGGCGAAAACCUUGUCGCUCAAGUCUCCGUCAAGGAACCCAAGCUGUACAAGCCUCCCCCUUCUGUGGCCCGCAAGCACCCUUCCGGCCGGACCAUUCGCGUGCUGUGCGUCGAUGUAGGGAUGAAGUUCAACCAGCUGAGGUGCUUCCUCAAGCGCGGUGUCGAAGUCCUCGUCUGCCCCUGGAACCACGACCUCGCCAAGGAGGCUGCCAGCGGCGAGUACGAUGGUCUCUUCAUCUCCAACGGUCCCGGCGACCCCGCUGUCCUGGAGCCCACCGUCAAGAACAUUGCCGCCGUCAUGCGAUCAAACAAGACGCCCGUCUUCGGUAUCUGUCUGGGUCACCAGCUGCUCGCCAGGGCCUCGGGUGCCUCCACCAAGAAGAUGAAGUUUGGCAACCGCGGCCACAACAUCCCCUGCACCAGCAUGGUCACCGGAAAGUGCCACAUCACGUCGCAGAACCACGGUUUCGAGGUCGACGCCGCCAGCCUGCCUGCCGGCUGGAAGGAGCUGUUUGUCAACGCCAACGAUGGCAGCAACGAGGGUAUCAUGCACACCGACAAGCCCUACUUCAGCGUCCAGUUCCACCCCGAGAGCACCCCCGGUCCCCGCGACACCGAGUUCCUCUUCGAUGUCUUCAUCGACACCAUGGCCAGCUGCGCCGAGGACCCCUCCCGCCUGAGGGCGCCCGUCAGCUUCCCCGGUGGAACCAUCGCGGAGAACGAGGAGCUGCACCCCCGCGUGUCGGUCAAGAAGGUCCUCGUCCUCGGCAGCGGCGGUCUCAGUAUCGGCCAGGCCGGCGAGUUUGACUACUCUGGUAGCCAGGCUAUCAAGGCCCUCAAGGAGGAGAACAUCUACACCGUCCUCAUCAACCCCAACAUUGCCACCAUCCAGACUUCCAAGGGUCUUGCCGACAAGGUCUACUUCCUGCCCGUCAACGCCGAGUUUGUCCGCAAGGUCAUCCAGUACGAGCGCCCCGAUGCCAUCUACGUCACCUUUGGUGGCCAGACGGCCCUUUCGGUUGGCAUCAAGCUCCGGGACGAGUUCGAGAGCCUAGGCGUCAAGGUUCUCGGUACCCCCAUCGACACCGUCAUCACCACCGAGGACCGUGAGCUCUUUGCCCGCAGCAUGGACUCCAUUGGCGAGAAGUGCGCCAAGUCGGCCUCUGCCAACAACAUUGACGAGGCCAUGAACGCGGUGUCCGACAUCGGCUUCCCCGUCAUUGUCCGCGCCGCCUAUGCUCUCGGCGGUCUCGGUAGCGGCUUCGCUAACGACGAGGACGAGCUGCGUGACCUCUGCAACAAGGCCUUCGCCGCCAGCCCCCAGGUUCUCAUCGAGCGCAGCAUGAAGGGCUGGAAGGAGAUCGAGUACGAGGUUGUCCGUGAUGCCCAGGACAACUGCAUCACCGUCUGCAACAUGGAGAACUUCGACCCCCUCGGCAUCCACACCGGUGACUCCAUCGUCGUCGCCCCCUCGCAAACCUUGUCCGACGAGGACUACAACAUGCUGCGAACCACGGCCGUCAACGUCAUCCGUCACCUCGGUGUUGUUGGUGAAUGCAACAUCCAGUAUGCCCUGAACCCCUUCUCCAAGGAGUACUGCAUCAUCGAGGUCAACGCUCGCCUGUCGAGGUCGUCUGCCCUCGCCUCCAAGGCCACCGGCUACCCGCUGGCGUUUGUCGCGGCUAAGCUGGGCCUCGGCAUCCCCCUCAAGGAGAUCAGGAACUCGGUCACCAAGGAGACCUGCGCUUGCUUCGAGCCCUCUCUCGACUACUGCGUCGUCAAGAUGCCCCGCUGGGACCUCAAGAAGUUCACCCGCGUGUCUACUCAGCUGGGCUCGUCUAUGAAGAGUGUCGGCGAGGUCAUGAGCAUUGGCCGUAACUUCGAGGAGGCCAUCCAGAAGGCCAUCCGCUCCAUCGACUUCCACAACCUCGGCUUUGGCGAGACCAAGGCCCUCAUGAAGAUCGACGACGAGCUCCAGACGCCCUCCGACCAGCGUCUGUUCGCCAUCGCCAACGCCAUGUACGAGGGAUAUACGGUCGACAAGAUCUGGGAGAUGACCAAGAUCGACAAGUGGUUCCUCCGCAAGCUCAAGCACCUCAGCGACUUCGGAAAGCAGAUGACCGGCUACACGACCAGCGAUAUCGCCAGCUCCCCGGGCCUGCUCCUCCAGGCCAAGAGGCUCGGUUUCUGCGACAGGCAGCUCGCCAGGUUCUGGAGCUCCAACGAGAUCGCCGUCCGCAGGCUCAGGCUCGAGGCCGGCAUCCACCCCUACGUCAAGCAGAUCGACACGGUUGCCGCCGAGUUCCCCGCCUUCACCAACUACCUCUACCUGACCUACAACGCUUCCGAGAGCGACGUCGCUUUUGAUGACCACGGCGUCAUGGUCCUGGGUUCCGGCGUGUACCGCAUCGGUUCCUCCGUCGAGUUCGACUGGUGCUCCGUCCGUGCCAUCCGUACGCUCCGCAGCUGCGGCUUCAAGACCGUCAUGGUCAACUACAACCCCGAGACCGUCAGCACGGACUACGACGAGGCCGACAAGCUCUACUUUGAGAACAUCAACCUCGAGACCGUCCUGGAUAUCUACCAGCUCGAGAACGCCAGCGGCGUGCUCGGCGCCAUGGGUGGCCAGACCCCCAACAACAUUGCCCUGCCCCUCCACCGCGCCGGCGUCAAGGUCCUGGGUACCUCGCCCGAGAUGAUCGACACCGCCGAGAACCGCUACAAGUUCUCCCGCAUGCUUGACCGUAUCGGCGUCGACCAGCCCACCUGGAAGGAGCUCACCAGCUUCGAGGAGGCCCGCAGCUUCUGCCAGAAGGUCACCUAUCCCGUCCUGGUCCGUCCCUCGUACGUCCUCUCGGGUGCUGCCAUGAACGCGGUCUACUCGGAGAAGGACCUGGAGGCAUAUCUGGCCCAGGCUGCCGAGGUCUCGCGCGAGUACCCCGUCGUCAUCACCAAGUACAUUGAGAACGCCAAGGAGAUCGAGAUGGACGCCGUUGCCAAGGACGGUAAGAUGAUUGGCCAUUUCAUCUCCGAGCACGUAGAGAACGCCGGUGUGCACUCUGGCGACGCCACCCUCAUCCUGCCCCCCCAGGACCUUGAGGAGACGACGAUCCGCCGCAUCGAGGAGGCCACCGGCAAGAUCGGUGCCGCCCUCAACGUCACGGGCCCCUUCAACAUCCAGUUCAUCGCCAAGGAUAACGACAUCAAGGUCAUCGAGUGCAACGUCCGCGCCUCGCGCUCCUUCCCCUUCGUCUCCAAGGUCAUGGGUGUCGACCUCAUCGAGAUGGCCACCAAGGCCAUCAUGGCCCAGCCCUUCGAAGAGUACCCCCCCACCGACCUGCCCCCCAACUGCGUCGGUGUCAAGGUUCCCCAGUUCAGCUUCUCGCGCCUGUCGGGUGCCGACCCCGUCCUGGGUGUCGAGAUGGCCUCCACCGGUGAGGUUGCCUGCUUCGGCGUCGACAAGAACGAGGCCUACCUCAAGGCCCUGCUCUCGACGGGCUUCAAGAUCCCCAAGGCCAACGUCCUGCUGUCGAUCGGCUCCUACAAGGACAAGAAGGAGAUGCUGCCCUCGGUGCAGAAGCUCCAGAAGAUCGGCUACAAGCUCUUCGCCACCGCCGGUACGGCUGACUUCCUCCAGGAGCACGGCAUCCCCGUGCAGUUCCUCGAGGUCCUGGGCAGCGAUGAGGACCGCAACUCGGAGUUCUCGCUCACCCAGCACCUGGCCAAGAACACCAUUGACCUGUACAUCAACCUGCCGUCGAGCAACAAGUACCGCCGCCCCGCCAACUACAUGAGCAAGGGCUACCAGACGCGCCGCAUGGCUGUCGACUACCAGAUCCCGCUCGUCACCAACGUCAAGAACGCCAAGAUUCUGGUCGAGGCCAUUGCCCGCCAGUUCGAGCUCGACGUGUCGAAGCGCGACUACCAGACCAGCCACCGCACCGUUGUCCUCCCCGGCCUCGUCAAUGUCGCCGCCUUCGUCCCCGGAAUUGCCACGCCCGGCAGCCCUGACAUGCAGGCCGUCACCAAGGCCUCCAUCUCCGGUGGCUUCAGCAUGAUCCGCCUGAUGCCCAUGGGCGUCGAGGGCUCCAUCACGGACGCCAUCACCCUCAAGGCUGCCCAGCAGAACAGCAGGGACGGAGGCUACUGUGACUACAACUUCUCCAUCUCGGCCACGUCGGACAACGACUCGCAGAUCAGCGCCGUUUCGGGUGAAGUGGGCUCGCUCUUCAUCCCCUUCAACCACCUGUCGGACAACAUCAGCAAGGUGGCUGCCGUCACGGCCCACUUUGACGCCUGGCCCGCGCACAAGCCCAUCGUCACCGAUGCUAAGCUCACGGACCUGGCCUCGAUCCUGCUCCUGGCCAGCCUGCACAGCCGCCGCAUCCACGUGACGUCGGUCACGACCAAGGACGACAUCCGCCUCAUCGCCCUCAGCAAGGAGAAGGGUCUCCAAGUCACCUGCGAUGUCUGCGUCUACUCCCUGUACCUGUCGCAGAAGGAGUAUCCCGAGUUCAGGCGCCUGCCCACCCCCGAGGACCAGGCUGCCCUCUGGGAGCACAUCGGCGUCGUCGACAUCUUCUCGGUCGGCAGCCUGCCCUACCAGCUGGCCAGGUCCGAGGGUCGUGAGGCUGAUCCUUCCAUGGGCAUCGCCGAGGUUCUGCCUCUGCUCCUGACUUCUGUGUCGGAGGGCAGGCUCACGGUUGCCGACAUCGUCAAGCGCCUUUACGAGAACCCCAUGGUGGUAUUCGAGCUCCACGAGCAGCUCAACACGUCCAUCGAGGCCGAGAUCGACCGCGCCUACACCUUCACCUCACCGUCGUCGUGGUCUCCCUUCGAGGGCCGCCAGAUGAUGGGCUCGGUCAAGCGCGUCACCUUCCAGGACACGGCUGUGUGCCUGGACGGCGAGUUCCUCCCCGUGCCUCCCAUGGGCAAGAACGUGUCCUCGUUCCUCCUACCCCCCACGUCGCCGGUUGUCAAGCCCGCCGCCGCCGCUCCCUCGAUUGCCCAGAUCACCGAGAGCCCCCUGUCGUCGUCGCGUCCUGCUAAGCAGCACCAGCAGCAGCACCAGCAGCUUCUCGAGCCCGCCAAGAUUGGCAGGGCCCGCGACGGUGCCGAUCUGGAAUACCACCUGACCAGCCCGUCGGCGUCGUUCCCGCCCAGGCAGCUGCAGCUCUCGAGCAGCUCGUCGAUCGAGCAGCUCCUGUCGCGCCCUUCGGCCUUCAGGAACGCACACGUCCUGUCGGUCAAGAGGUACUCGAGGUCCGACCUCCACCUCCUGUUCACGGUAGCCCAGGAGAUGCGUCUGGGCGUCCAGCGCGAGGGUGUGCUCGACACGCUUCGCGGAAAGGUCCUGUGCACCCUCUUCUACGAGCCGUCGACGCGCACGUCGGCGUCGUUUGACGCGGCCAUGCAGCGCCUGGGAGGGCGCACGGUCCCGGUCGCGACGUCGCACUCGUCCGUGCUCAAGGGCGAGAGCCUGCAGGACACGAUCCGCACGCUGGCGUGCUACGGCGACGCCAUGGUCCUCCGCCACCCUCAGGAGACGUCGGUGGACGUGGCCGAGAAGUACAGCCCGGUCCCCGUCAUCAACGGCGGCAACGGCAGCAAGGAGCACCCCACGCAGGCCUUCAUGGACCUGUUCACGAUCCGGGAGGAGCUGGGUACCGUGCAGGGCCUGACCAUCACCUUCCUGGGUGAUCUGCUGUACGGACGCCCCGUGCACUCGCUCGUGUACCUCCUGCGUCACUACCAGGUGCAGGUGCAGCUCGUGGCGCCCAAGGAGCUCCGCCUGCCCGAGCCGAUCAGGCAGCAGCUCAUCGCCUCCGGCCAGCUCCUCUGCGAGUCCGAGUCGCUGACGCCCGAGAUCCUCGCCCGCAGUGACGUGCUCUACUGCACGCGUGUGCAGCGCGAACGCUUCGCCACCGAGGCCGCCUACGAGCGUGUCAAGGACUCGUACCGCGUGGACAACGCGGCCCUGAAGCACGCCAAGGGCUCCAUGGUU